CAUAACUCGCUUUACUAGUCACAGCAACAGCCCAUAACACCAGACAUCAAACACCGACUGCACGAUGAUCCCACAGAAAAAGAUUCCCACCAAGGCAUUUGUAGUUGACUCACCGAAGUCUCCAUUUGUCUUGCAAGAUGUUGUUCUGGACGAAGUGCGGGAAAAUGAAGUCUUGGUCGAGAUGAAAUAUACUGGGCUAUGCCAUACGGACAUUGUCGUCCAAAACGGAGCCAUUCCCGUGGGCGACUAUCCAGCUGUGCUCGGCCAUGAGGGUGCGGGAAUCGUGCGCCGCGUCGGUAGCGGAGUCAAGGAUAAGAGUCUGAGCGAAGGCGAUCAGGUAUUCCUGAGCUUCACCACCUGCCACAACUGCGCACCAUGCCAGGAAGGACGGCAUGGAUUCUGUAGUCGCUUUACUGAAAUCAACUUCGGUGGCGUCCGUGGUAUAUCCGCUGCCGAUUCACCCAUUUCAUCUGUUGACGGAAAGGCCAUCCGGGGACAAUUCUUUGGACAAUCCUCAAUGAGCAAACUUGCAAUCGUUCCGGAGACCUCAAUUGUGAAGAGCCCCGCAGAUUCUGGCGUCACAGAUGCAGAUAUGGCCUCGCUGGCCCCACUUGGAUGUGGAUAUCUCACGGGUGCGGGCACAGUGUUGAACGUUUUGAAGCUCAAGUCAGCUAGUCGGCUUGCUGUAUUGGGCAUGGGAGCAGUGGGCUUGGCGGCUUUGAUGGCUGCACGAGCACAGGGAGUCGAGACCGUCAUCGCGGUGGACAUUGUCGAUGCGAAACUGGAGCUAGCUACUUCCCUGGGGGCCUCACACACAUUGAAUACAAAGCUGGUCCCCGAUCUUGCCCAGGGCUUACAUGAGCUGUUCCCAGAUGGGGUAGAUCAAAUCAUUGAUACCACGGGAGUGGUUUCUCUACUGCAGUCGUCGAUCAAGGCACUGGGCCACGAAGGCACGUUGGCCAUUGUGGGAGUUGCUCCAGCUGGGGCAUCGCUGAGUAUCGAUCCCCUUGAGUUCAUGAUCAAUUGCAAACGUGUCGUCGGUGCUAUCGAGGGGUCUUCUAACCCGGCUACGCUAUUGCCUCAAUUGAUCAGCUGGUACAAAGAGGGCAAGUUCCCAGUUGACAAGUUGGCAAAGGUCUAUGAUGCAGACUGUCUUGAACAAGCAUUGGAAGAUCUGUACGCAGGGAAGGUUAUCAAGCCGGUGCUGAAAUGGGCGGACCUAUGAUCUGAUUUGAACACAAAGACCCACAUGGAAGGCGAGAGCCAGGCCAGUUUUGAACACGAUCCUCAGGAUUCCUAAGACCUAUGAGCUAUUCGUACUCGGCACCAGAUUGCGAUCAAAUCUAUAAAAAUUAGGAUUUUGUUAAUGGCACGACGAGAAAAGUUAUCGCCGUUGUCGGUUAGUUGAACCUAAACUAUUCCCGGGUCGCACAACAUCGGUCCAUUUGCCUGUAGGGAGCGUGCGUCAAGAUUUGGAAUGUGAAGACUUCAGAACUAUCUUGAAGGGACAUACAUCUGCGAAGAUACCCAAGGCUAUCCUGGUGAUCGUGAUAUCUUGCCAAACUACGCCGUGUUGCCAUCCCAGCACACCCGGAUCCAUUUUGCUUCCCCGCAAGAUAAUUAGUGAAUCUCCUUUUUCGGAUGUGGAGAAUGACCCACUUCGGAAGCAUCAUCCUUAG